CCCUUUUCAUAAAUUUAUGGCUGGGAUGCCGCCAUUUAUACCAAAAUAGAUACUCCCCUUCAUAGAUUUAUCUGCACCUUACCUGAAUUAGAAGAAGAAAAAGAGACGGGAACAGAUCAAUGGCUGAGGCUGCAGUGAGUUUUUUGGUGGAGAAACUUGGUGCUCUGAUAGUUCAAGAAGCCAUCAAUUUGCAUGAAGGCAGAGAGCAAGUGGAGUGGUUGAAAAGAGAACUGGAGAGAAUGCAGUGCUUCUUAAAGGAUGCAGAUGCAAAGAAGAAUGAGGGAGGGGAUAACAGAGUCAAGCACUGGGUCACUGAGAUGAGAGACCUUGCUUUUGAAGCUGAGGACAUUAUUGACACUUUCAUGUAUUUCAAGCUCCGAAGACAACAGCCUGGUUGCAUGGGUUUCAUGAAGAGGUUUGUAUUUAUAUUUCAUGAAUUGGUCAGUAGACACAAGGUUCAUGUGGAUGUUGAAAGGGUAAAAACUAAGUUGCAUGAGCUAUCUCGAAGUAGAGAAGUAUAUGGCAUUUCUAAUAUAGGUGAAACAAUUGGCACAACUAGUCAGCCUAGAAGUCAAAAUGUGAUCCCUAUAUUGCCUCAACUGAGAGAUGACAUUGAUAUGGUUGGCUUUGAUGAUGAGAAGAAAAAGAUUGUGCUAGAGUUGGUUGACAAAAGCAAUGCAAAUCGAUCAGUGAUCUCUAUUGUGGGUAUGGGUGGUCUGGGAAAGACCACACUUGCUAAAUCUGUUUAUAAUGAUCUUGAAGUCAAGAGAAGUUUUAAUAUAUUUGCAUGGGUAAUCAUAUCUCAACAAUAUACUAUCCAUGAGAUUUUGAAGGGAAUCUCAUCAGAAAUUUCAGUUACUCCAUCAACAGAUACAAUCCGAGACCUUUCAGUUGCUAUUUCUGAAAAGUUGCAGAAUGGUAAGUACUUGAUUGUUCUUGAUGAUGUUUGGCAAGAAGAUGCAUGGACUGAAUCACAAAAGAUAUUUCCAGAUGUUAAUAAUGGAAGCAGAGUUAUUAUCACCACUCGCUUCGUAAAUGUUGCUAAUAUUGCAAAUCCUACCAUCAAACCACAUGAAUUGCGUUGCUUAGAUGAAAGGGAGAGUCGGGAGUUGUUUCUUCGCAAGGUCUUCCCAAAUCAAAAUACUGAAACAUGUUGCCCAACAUAUUUGGUUGAUUAUGCUCAUCAACUUGUUCAGAGGUGUGGAGGUCUACCACUAGCACUAGUAGUUCUUGGAGGACUUGUCUCAACCAAACCGCAAACCCAAGAUGCAUGGCAUAAAGUUGUUGACAGCAUGAAAGGGCAAUUUGUGGAAGGUGGAAAAAAGUGUUUAGAAAUACUUGCAUUGAGCUAUAAUGAUUUGUCAUAUUACUUGAAAUCGUGUUUUUUGUACUUUGGUUGCUUCAAAGAGGACGCCAAAAUUCCUACAAAAGAAAUAAUUAGAUUGUGGUUAGCAGAAGGUUUCUUACCAACAAAUAAUGGUACAACCACAAAAGAAAUUGGAUUUGAUUGUCUGGAGGAGUUGGCACAACGAUGUUUGAUCCAAGUUACUGAGCGGGAAUAUGAUGGUAGUGCAAAGUAUUGCCGAAUCCAUGAUCUCUUGCGUGACAUGUGCAUUUCAGAAGCCAAAGAGAGCAUAUUUCUUAAACUCUACAAGAAUGACACUGAAGAUUGUACGACAACGGCAAAUGCAGCCCGACGACUGAUCAUAUUUAAUGAGAUUGAGACUCUAAACUAUUCUAACUCAAAGUUGCGGGGUCUAUUCUACAACGAUUUAUAUGAUGAUUAUACUCCAACUUUCAAAGCUCUGAAAGGACAGCUUGGCAGAUUUAAAUUAUUAAGAGUGCUUUGCUUGAAAACUAGGAUUACGCCAAAAUCAAAAUUUCUAAGUGAAAUCAAAUCAUUAAUUCAUUUAAGAUAUCUUGAGUUGCAUGAAUGUGAUCUGAAGGGAAUUCUAUCCUGGAUUGGUCAUCUCUAUAAUCUCCAGACUUUUAUUCUAAAUUCUGGAAGGUUAUUAAAUACUGGAAGCUUAGAAAAGAUACCAGAUUCACUCUGGACAAUUGGCAAUCUCAGGCAUGUUUAUCUACAAAGUACACCAAGGGUUCCUCCAAAUAUGGGAAAUAAUGUACCAAAGAAUUUGCAGACUUUAAGAAGGGUAAAUGCUGGAUCAUGGAUAGGGAAAACACUUCCAAAGCUCACAAACCUAUGCGAAUUAAGCAUAGAAGAAGUCUCUAAUGAUCAUGCCGAUGCCCUAUCUUCAUCACUCUCGAAAUUGGGUCGUCUUGCCUCCUUAGCUAUAGAUGGAAAUGAAAUUCCUUCGGACAACAUCAUUACAGCCUUUUCCAAUCAACAUUGCCUCAAGAAAUUGCGUCUCAAUGGAAGUUUGAACAGCAAACAACUUCCACACAAUGAUGUAUUUCCUCAACAACUAGUGGAACUACGUUUGCUAGGUUCUGGAUUGGAGCAAGACCCAAUGGCAACACUAGAGAAGCUGCCAUGUCUCAAAUAUCUAAAACUCUUUAGUGCAUAUAGAGGCAAACAGAUGAUAUGUUCGGCAACAGGUUUCCCUCAACUGUUAUCCUUGGAAAUUCAGCAUCUUAAUGAACUUGAGGAGUGGAAGAUAGAGGAGAAGGCAAUGUCAUGCCUCAAGUCUUUGGAAAUCUACAGAUGUAUUAGGUUGAAGAUGAUUCCGGAAGGACUGAAGAAUGUGCCACUUGAUCAAUUGAAGUUAUUUGUUAUGCCUGAAGAAUUUAAAACUAGGAUUAAGGAGAAUACAGGAGAAGACUGGUACAAGAUACAACAUGUGCCCAACACUCCAUUUAUCCUAAUUAAAGAGAAUACAGGAGAAGACUGGUACAAGAUACAACAUGUGCCCAACAUCUCCAUUCAUUAAUAAUAUUAACGGCGCUAUGGAUAAUAUGUUCAAUUGUUAGCUGCCUUCAAAAGGAGUGGCGUGCGUGAGGAGUGCUUUUGGACUUCAAAGGAGCUCCAUAUUAAGUCAGAAAGCAAGGAAUCAUGCAUUAAGUUUCUUAUAUAUGAACUCUACUUCAAUUGAUGUGAUGUUUGUGUGGAUGUCUGUGAUUUUAUUUAUGUAAUUUUGUAUGGGUUUGAUAUUUUGUGGUUAUAUACCCAGACAUAUAUGUUUGUAUUUGUGAUUUUAUUUUGUAAUGUAAUGUAAUUGGGUUUGAUACUCUGUCA